UGAUUGAUUUCAUGAAUGAAUUUAUUAUUGCAUACAAAAGCUCUAAAAGUAAAGUGAUAUGGCAGAGGGGAGAGUCCCAACUACUUCGGUGUCGGUCAUAGUCGCUCACGACCUUCUUUUAGCCGGCCACCGCUAUUUGGACGUCAGGACUCCAGAAGAGUUCAGCCAGGGACAUGCCUGUGGAGCGAUCAACGUUCCCUAUAUGAAGCGAGGAGAUUCAGGUUUUACUAUGUUGAAACUUGAUUUGUGUGUGUGUAUUUGUUUUUUUUUUCUUUUUUUACAAAAGAAAAAAGGUGUGAUUGUGAAUGAAGCAGGGAUGUCAAAGAACCCGAGCUUCUUGGAACAAGUCUCCUCCCAUUUCGGAGAAGCCGAUAAGAUCAUUGUUGGGUGCCAGAGCGGGGGAAGAUCUUUGAAAGCCACGGCUGAGCUUCUUGAUGCCGGUUUCACGGGCGUCACAGAUAUCGCCGGUGGCUAUGCUGCCUGGACCCAGAAUGGGCUUCCUACGCAAGAAGACUGAUAAUGACUCACCACCAUCUUCUUUCAUGCAACUAAUCUCUACUUGUCUCUAUUUAUAAGAAUAAUACACCAGCAGAGUGUUUCCAGAUGUUAAAUGACCCUACUUGUCCUCCUAUUUUUUGUUUUUUUUUUUUUUGUGUGUGUGCUUGCUCAUAUGAAUAACAGCCCACGACUCAAGUGUUGUGAUCGGAAUGUCUAUUGCACUUAUAUAUA